UCGUUGAAGUGGUGGACGGUUCCACGGAACACGAUCCCGCUGCCAGUCACGUCCCAGGAUCUUCAGGACACCGUGGAGAACCAAGACCGAGCCGUUGUGGUCUGGAGGAGGACUGGCCUGCAGCUCCUGUUUAUUCAGCUUCCACCUGGAAGCCGAGAGAGCAGAAGAAGAAGAAGAAGAAGGAGAGGAUCUAGUUGUCACUUGCUGUCAAGAUAAAGGCAUUAUAGGUGUGUCUUUGAACUCGAUUACAAGCCUCCUGUCCUGUCAAACAGCAGCAGACAUCAUGGAGGACGACCUGAUGUUCAGCAUGGAGGAGGACGGCAGCGCCAAGAGAGCCCCAGUGCAGAGGAGCGUGCAGCAGCUGCGGACGUCCUCCCUCAGCGAUGCCAACACCAGCGACGAUGACGACGACGACCACUUCAUCUCCCCCAUCCUGGACGACUCCGCCAGAGACGUCUGUCACUACCUGAAGAACCUGGUUUACAGUCGGCAGCUGUCAAACUCCCCCCGGGGAAACUUAAUGUACAAGAGCGAUGAAACAGACACAGCGGCAGAACCUCGCUCAUACAAGGUUUUGUCUGAGACUGCACGGGCGGCAUGGUUACAUGCGAUCGAAAAGGCCAAAGCCAUGCCCGACCCCUGGGCACAGUUUCACCUGGAGGAAAUCGCGACUGAACCCUGCAUCCGUUACAGGUACAAUGCAGUCACAGGAGAGUGGGCCCAAGACCAGGUCCACAUCAAGAUGGCUGCACAGCCGUUUGGGAAAGGGGCCAUGAGGGAGUGCUUCAGAACGAAGAAGUUGUCGAAUUUCUCACACAGCAGCAACUGGAAGUCAGCGUCCAACUACGUGGCCAAGCGCUACAUGGAGACGGUGGACAGAAAUGUUUACUUUGAGGACGUCAGGCUGCAGAUGGAGGCCAAGCUCUGGGGGGAGGAGUACAAUCGCCAUAAACCUCCCAAACAGGUGGACAUCAUGCAGAUGUGUGUGAUGGAGAUGGCAGUGCGACCAGGUAAACCUCUUUUCCACCUGGAGCAUUACAUCGAGGGAAAGUACAUCAAGUACAACUCCAACUCCGGCUUCGUGAGGGACGACAACAUCCGACUCACUCCGCAGGCCUUCAGUCACUUCUCCUUUGAGCGGUCGGGCCACCAGCUGAUCGUGGUGGACAUCCAAGGAGUCGGAGAUCUUUACACCGACCCUCAGAUCCACACAGAGAAAGGGGACGACUUUGGAGACGGAAAUCUAGGUGUGCGAGGGAUGGCGCUGUUCUUCCACUCCCACAUGUGUAACAAGAUCUGCAAGAGCAUGGGCCUGACGCCGUUCGACCUGGCCCCUGCAGAGAAGUCCCAGCUGGACGGCACCAACAAACUGCUUAAGUCGGCCCAGACGGUGCUGAGAGGCUGCGAGGAACCGUGCGGUUCUCCUCGUGUUCGCACCUUCUCAACCGGACGGGCGCCUCCGCUGUUGUCCCGCCUGUCCGAGACUUCAUCUGCAGAUGAGAGCAUGAGCGACGUGGACUCGGCCCCCUGCUCCCCUCUCAUCCUGCCCUGCUCCCCUCUAGCUGCGGUCGGAUCUAUGGGCAAGUCACCCACCGGUUUGUCUUUUGCUGGAAUGAACGAGCAUGAAAGACUCAAUCAUAACAAUGCAGGUGAACACAAGGAAUCGGAUAGCGGCGGAGACAGCGGCUACCCCAGUGAGCGGAGGAGUGAAGGGGAUCCAAAUGACCACGUAGACGGGAGGAAGAUGGUGGCUCCUCCAAGAGUCUCUGCAAACUCAAAUUCAUACAAUCCUGACAGCGAAUGGCUGACAGAAGAGAAGUGGAGUUUCUACCAUUCGUCUCGUGCUCACGUCCAUCGACCUUCCUGCGUGGCCACCGAGGUGGAGAGACUCAACUCUCUGCUGCAGAAGAAGAUCGGACAGUCGAUCCUCGGAAAGGUCCACCUGGCGAUGGUGCGGUACCACGAAGCGGGUCGUUUCUGCGAGAAGGACGAGCCGUGGGAUCAGAACUCGGCCAUGUUCCACCUGGACAGAGCUGCUCUGUGCGGAGAGCUGGAGGCCAUCGUGGCUUUGGGGCAGUGUUACCUGCAGCUGCCUCAUCACAUACUGCCCGACAUGGAGCUGGAGGAUAAUGCAGGAAACAGGAUGAAAGGUUUCAAGUAUCUGCUGCAGGCUGCUGAGGCUGGUGACAGAUCUUCUAUGAUCAUAAUGGCCAGAGCCUUCGAUACUGGAAUCAAUCUGUCUGCUGACAGAAAGCAGGACUGGGAGGAAGCGAUUCACUGGUAUGACAGUGUGCUGAACAUGACGGACUACGACGAGGGUGGAGAGUUUGAUGGGACGCAGGACGAACCUCGCUAUCUGCUGCUGGCCAGAGAGGCUGAGAUGUUCCAAGAAGGAGGCCACAACCUCACCGCAGACCCUCAGAGAGCAGGCGAUUUGUUUACAGAAGCUGCCGAAGCUGCCAUGGCGGCUAUGAAAGGACGACUGGCCAAUCAGUACUACAUGAAGGCUGAGGAGGCCUGGGCACUGAUGGAGGAGUAACUCUGGAUGUUUCUAUCAAAGCCACGAGAGUUCAUGUGUCAUUUAUAGUCACGCUGAUUUUUACACAUUCAGGAGACCACCUGAAUGCUUCCAGUUUACAUAUUUUAUAUGACAGAAUUUUUUGCUGUUGGUGGUUUGUUAGUUUGUGAGUGUGUUAAGCCUUGAGGUUUCUUUCUUUCUGUUAAUAUCCUGUUUCUAAAUACCUUCUAGAUAAGUGAAUGUGGCUGUAUGAAAGACAAGCUCUAAAGAAUCAAAGCAAAAAAAUGUUUACUUAUUUUUCCCCGAAUGUUAAUACAUUUAUGUUUGAAAAAAUGUAGAUAAAAAAAUAAAGAAUAAAAGUGUAAAUUAAAGUUUG